CAGGCUGCUUUGCGACGGGCGGCCUUUCCUGCAAGAGGCGGACUCCAUUUCCCGGCGCUCCCCGCGGCCUGAGGAGGAGGAGGAGGAGGAGGUGGGGAAGGAGCCGUUUUUUCCCCGCAAGAUGGCGGACGGGGUGCUGAGCGCCGGCGUGAACCUGGAGGCCUUCGCGCAGGCCAUAGCCGCCAUCCAGGCGCUGCGCUCCAGCGUGACGCGGGUCUUCGACUGCCUCAAGGACGGCCGGCGGCACAAGGAGGCCGUGGAGGGCCGCGAGAAGGGCUUCCUCGCCAGCUUCCAGGAGAGCCUCCACUCCGUCAGCCGGGACUUGGGGGAGUUGGAACGCUUGAGUAACCUGGUGGGCAAACCAUCCGAAAACCAUCCCCUCCAUAACAGCGGUCUCUUGAGUCUCGACCCCGUCCAAGACAAAACACCCCUUUAUAGUCAACUGCUCCAGGCCUAUAAAUGGUCAAAUAAGCUACAGUAUCACACCGGCCUGGCCUCUGGUCUUCUGAAUCAGCAGUCCUUGAAGAGGUCAGCGAACCAGAUGGGGGUCUCCGCCAAGCGCAGGCCAAAAGCUCAGCCCACCACCUUGGUGUUACCACCUCACUACGUAGAUGACGUGAUCAGUCGCAUUGACCGAAUGUUUCCGGAGAUGUCUAUUCACCUGUCUCGGCCCAACGGGACUUCUGCCAUGCUGCUGGUAACUUUGGGAAAGGUAUUAAAAGUUAUAGUCGUGAUGAGAAGCCUCUUCAUUGACCGGACGAUAGUCAAAGGUUUCCAUGAAAAUGUCUACACGGACGAUGGCAAGCUUGAUAUAUGGUCGAAGUCCAACUAUCAAGUCUUCCAGAAGGUGACGGAUCACGCAACCACAGCCCUCUUGCAUUACCAGCUCCCUCAGAUGCCUGACGUGGUUGUCCGGUCCUUUAUGACCUGGCUGAGAAGUUACAUCAAGCUGUUCCAAGCUCCGUGCCAACGUUGUGGGAAAUUCCUGCAGGACGGCCUCCCUCCCACCUGGCGGGAUUUUCGGACCCUGGAAGCCUUCCACGACACGUGCAGGCAAUAAGCCAACCUGGAAGUGGAUCAGAACAGCUUAUCUGGAAGUAGAAGGUGGAUCUGAAGAAACCCAAAGCAGAAGCCAACCUCCCAUGGAGCUCUCUGUAAGUGCGGAUGGUCUCCUUGACCGAGAUCAAUGUCUUCAUAAACCUUAGCAGGAUUGAAUGGAUAUUUUGGUGGACCGUCGUGACCUGUUCCAUGAUAAUGACCUUGUUCAACCAAGAAUGAGAAGAAGUUAUGGCCUAUGUCUCAAGAAUGAGAAGAAGUUAGGGUCUAUCUCUCAAAGCUCAGCCUCCUGGCUUGAUAAGAAUUCCUUUGUGGCUUUCAAGAUCUAAGCUGGCCGCCUCUGCUGACACAAAUAAAAAUGCAUCCUUUCGAUUCUCUUUUUUUAAAAAAACCUUUCUGUCUCUUUUCUACAAUUAAUUUUUUUAUUAUUAUUUGAGAUCUAAAAUUGGGGUUUUCCAAGUUAGGAUCGGAAUUCUCUCCUUCGAAAGACGAAGAAGGGAGCCCAACGGAAUGAUGUGAUACUCGAACCCAGGGAAUUGUGGUUUAUUCCCUAAACUGUGACUCAGAGCAGUUUGAUGUCACCCAAAACUUCAUGAUGCUCUGGGGGUAGAAUAAACGACCGCAGCCUCUUUUCUUUUGACAAAAAUGGAUAUCAAGUUUCUUUUUUUUCUCCCCCUUUGACUAAAUCCAGAGUGGGUGAUAGUGCAGCCUCCGAUCUAUUGUACGUAUUAAGAAGCUGCAAGAUUCAUCGGGGAAUUUGUGUUUGUUUGUUUUGCUGGGUAAUUUUAUUUCUGGGAAUUCUGAUACCCUUCACCUUCUCUGCAGUUCCCAGAUUGAUGUCCUAUUUAGAAUAUAAUUAUCCUUUGCGUCUCUCUCUCUCUCUCUCUCUCUCCGAAUUUCACAAUGCAGCCUCUCCCUAAAGCACCAACUUGGUUAAACGUGCAAGUUUUGCGAUGAGAGGCCUGCUUUGAAGGCGUUGUGUAAAGGCCCUUCGUAUUCCUAACCCGUUGUGCAUUUAAAAACAAAACCAAGCCACUGAGUCAUAAAGAAACAAGGGUAGCAUGAGCAAACACCAAUCCUUCCCCCGGAUUUUCAAGUCAUCCUUUCCUAAUAAAAGAACAGGUCGUCCUUCACUUACAACCAGAAUUAAGCCUGGGAUUAUGGUCAUAAUUCAUGCCAAUCAUUAAAGCAGAUUGCUACAAGACCACGCCUGAUUUUGCUACGUUUUUGUUCUG